UAGCUGGUGCAGCAGGAGGAAGCGCCGUUUCCGGUAAUGAGCGACUGACUGCUGACACCACCAAACCCCGACGACAAAUCCGCUGCUUUCGGCAUCUAUCGGGGUGAAAUUGUCCGCUCCUAUCCGGGCGGGACGUUAGACGGGUUCCAGCCAAGCGUUCGGCUGGAGAGAGGCGUGAAGCUGCAGCGAAGGCGCGGGGUUUGAGCCUCCCACCACCGGCAUGGCCCGCGACUACGAUCACCUCUUCAAACUGCUGAUCAUCGGUGACAGCGGUGUCGGAAAGAGCAGUCUUCUCCUGCGAUUUGCAGACAACACUUUUUCAGGUAGUUACAUCACCACUAUAGGAGUCGACUUCAAGAUCCGGACGGUGGAGAUUAAUGGAGAGAAGGUAAAACUGCAGAUAUGGGACACGGCCGGACAAGAGCGAUUCCGAACCAUCACAUCUACGUAUUACAGAGGAACCCAUGGGGUCAUAGUAGUGUAUGACGUCACCAGUGCCGAGUCCUUUGUCAAUGUCAAACGAUGGCUGCAUGAAAUAAACCAGAACUGUGAUGACGUCUGUCGAAUAUUAGUGGGCAAUAAAAAUGACGAUCCAAACUCUAAGGUUGUGGAGACGAAUGACGCACAGAAGUUUGCUGAGCAGAUGGGCAUCAGUCUGUUUGAGACGAGCGCAAAAGAAAACGUCAACGUGGAAGAGAUGUUUAACUGCAUCACAGAGCUGGUGCUCCGGGCAAAGAAAGAGUCUGUGGCCAAACAGCAGCAACAGCAGCAGAACGAUGUGAUUAAACUCAGCAAGAAUAGCAAACGAAAGAAAAAAUGCUGCUAGUGGACGAACAGACGUUCCUCUGCACAGCGAUCUGCGCACGCAGACGGACUGUGAUCGUCUCACCUAUGAUCUCACAAAAACACAGUGCGGACAAAUGCAGUCCUUUCUGGACCGAGACAAACCACAAAGACUUUUUAAAAGAAAAUGUACAGAUUUUAUGAGCGUCGAGGAGUUUUAUGUGGAAUUCGUGAUAUUUAAUAAAAGAUCCUCCUUCUUUAUCGAAGGACCAGCAAGUUGACGUGAUCGCCAAACCAUGCAGGUUUCUGUAUGCUUUCAGAAUUACUCGACAGUGAUUAUAUAUCUCUAUUAU